AAAAAAAAAAAAGAUGACCAGACCUUAAAACAACACCUAACCACACACUCUGCGCCCACGUUACAAGUGAACAGCCAGGUAGGACCCGUUUCGGCGCAGGCCGACUCCGGACUCCGCCCCACUUCCGGCCCGCCCCCUCAACUGCGACAGCUCCCUGAAGCCGCGGACUGUGCCCGCACCUCGGACAGCGGUGGGCUCAGUCUAGCGCGGAGGGAUAGGCUGGAGAUGGCGGCAGCCGAGGCGGCAUCACCGGAGCCCGCGACGGCAUCACCGGAGCCCGCGGCUUCAGAGCAGUCAGUGGAGAUGCCUGCGUCGGUGCGCGCGAGCAUUGAGAGGAAGCGGCAGCGGGCGCUAAUGCUGCGCCAGGCCCGGCUAGCGGCCCGGCCCUACCCGGCGACGGCGGCUACUGGAGGGAUGACAAAUGUAAAAGGAGCCCCCAAAAUAAUUGAUACAGGAGGGGGCUUUAUUUUGGAAGAGGAAGAAGAAGAAGAACAUAAAAUUGGAAACAUUGUUCAUCAACCAGGACCAGUUAUGGAAUUUGAUUAUACAAUAUGUGAAGAAUGUGGAAAAGAAUUUAUGGAUUCCUAUCUUAUGAAUCACUUUGAUUUGGCAACUUGUGAUAACUGCAGAGAUCCUGAUGAGAAACAUAAGCUUAUUACCAAAACAGAAGCAAAGCAAGAAUACCUUCUAAAAGACUGUGAUCUAGAAAAAAGAGAACCAGCUCUUAAAUUUAUUGUGAAGAAGAAUCCUCAUCAUUCACAGUGGGGUGAUAUGAAACUCUACUUAAAACUACAGAUUAUGAAGCGGUCUCUUGAAGUUUGGGGAAGUCAGGAAGCACUAGAAGAAGCAAAGGAAGUGAGACAAGAAAACCGAGAAAAAAUGAAACAAAAGAAGUUUAAUAAAAAAGUAAAAGAAUUGCGACGAGCGGUAAGAAGCAGUGUGUGGAAAAGAGAAACGAUUGCACAUCAACACGAAUAUGGACCAGAAGAAAACUUAGAAGAUGACAUGUAUCGCAAGACUUGUACUGUGUGUGGCCAUGAACUGACAUAUGAAAAAAUGUGAUUUUUUUAGUUCAGUCACUUUUGAAACAAGAUUUUUAUAUUUAAAUAAAGUAGAUUGCCCCUGUUCAAAAUCUACCACAGUAUAAGUAAUGCUUCAGUAGAAACUGUGGUUAUGGCUCAAGAGCAAAUUUCAGUUACAGUCUAGCUGGUCUGGUUAGGUAGAAUGUCAAGGCUAUGGGAGUUGAAUGGUAGGUAGAUUCAUAAGUAGAAUAAAUUCAUUCAUAAGUAAUUCAUAAAUUAAGGAAUAAGAGUCCAAAAUAAAUCCUAGAUUGGGGCAGGAGGGAGAGCUUUCAACAAAGGUCAAAGCUGACUGGAUUGGUCUCAACCAAAGGAAAAAACAGGGAUGAUGAUAUAUCACUAUAUCAGAGUCUGGGUCAGGUUUUAAAGAACUACUUUGAUCUUCAAGACAGAGGCGGUUGUGGGGAGCUACUGUUAGAAAAUGUCCUGACACAUAAUAAGAAUAAACAAUGAGUUGUAGGAA